AUGGCCCUGCGCAGUGGGGCGGGCUGCUUCGGCCGGGUCUGGCGCAGGGUGUCGGGGCUCCCGGACGCCUGGCCCCGGCGCUCGAGCAGCCUCCUGUGCCUGUCCGCCUUCGCGCCCGAGCCCGGGCCCGCGCCGCCCCUGCCCCGCCAGCCGCCUCGCGGCGGCCCCGGCGCAGGGGGGCCCCCCCAGCCUCCCCGCCCCCCGCCUCCCCGCUGCUGCUGCUGCUGCCGCCGCCGCCGCUGCUGCCGCCGCCGCUUACAACUUGGAGGCGGCGGCGGCGGCGGCGGAGGAGGCGGCGGCGGCCGCCGGGCGCUGCAGUGGGACGCGCGCGGCUGCGAGCCUGCGGGACAUGCCCCCCGCGCCGGCUCCUUGCUGGCGGCCAUGAAGAGGCAGAACGUGCGGACUCUGUCCCUCAUCGUCUGCACCUUCACCUACCUGCUGGUGGGCGCCGCCGUCUUCGACGCCCUCGAGUCGGACCACGAGAUGCGCGAGGAGGAGAAACUCAAAGCCGAGGAGAUCCGGAUCAAGGGCAAGUACAACAUCAGCAGCGAGGACUACCGGCAGCUGGAGCUGGUGAUCCUGCAGUCGGAGCCACACCGCGCCGGCGUCCAGUGGAAAUUCGCCGGCUCCUUCUACUUUGCCAUCACGGUCAUCACCACCAUAGGUUACGGGCACGCCGCUCCGGGCACGGACGCGGGCAAGGCCUUCUGCAUGUUCUACGCGGUGCUGGGCAUCCCGCUGACGCUGGUCAUGUUCCAGAGCCUGGGCGAGCGGAUGAACACGUUCGUGCGCUACCUGCUGAAGCGCAUCAAGAGGUGCUGCGGCAUGCGCAACACGGAGGUGUCCAUGGAGAACAUGGUGACCGUGGGCUUCUUCUCCUGCAUGGGGACGCUGUGCAUCGGGGCGGCCGCCUUCUCCCAGUGCGAGGAGUGGAGCUUCUUCCACGCCUACUACUACUGCUUCAUCACGUUGACUACCAUUGGGUUCGGGGACUACGUGGCCCUGCAGACCAAAGGCGCCCUGCAGAAGAAGCCGCUCUACGUGGCCUUCAGCUUUAUGUAUAUCCUGGUGGGGCUGACGGUCAUCGGGGCCUUCCUCAACCUGGUGGUCCUCAGGUUCCUGACCAUGAACAGCGAGGACGAGCGGCGGGAUGCCGAGGAGCGGGCGUCCCUCGCCGGCCACCGCAGCAGCAUGGUCAUCCACAUCCCCGAGGAGGCGCGGCCGGGCCGGCCCCGGUGCAAGGCGGACGUGGCGGACCUGCAGUCCGUGUGCUCCUGCACCUGCUACCGCCCGCAGGAAUACGGCGGCCGCCCGGCGGCGCUCCAGAACUCCUUCGGCGCCAAGCUCGCCCCCCAGUACUUCCACUCCAUCUCUUACAAGAUCGAGGAGAUCUCACCAAGCACACUGAAAAACAGCCUCUUCCCGUCCCCCAUCAGCUCCAUUUCUCCCGGGUUACACAGCUUUACCGACAACCACAGGCUGAUGAGACGGCGGAAGUCCAUCUAG